AUGGCACAGGUUCAACAGGUGAUGUACGUGGACCCAUCAUUAGGAGAAGAUGGCGGUAACACCCAGUUCGAUUUUACUGAGCAAACAAUACGCAAGGCUUUUAUUCGAAAAGUGUAUGCUAUUCUCAUGUGUCAACUGCUCGUUACCAUGGGUUUCAUAGCGUUGUUCGUAUUCCACGAGCCGACAAUACAGUUCGUCAGACAGAAUACUUAUCUCUUCUGGGUAGCGCUAGCCGUUGUCUUCGUUAGUAUGAUAGCUAUGGCGUGUUGUGAUAAUGUACGGCGUACGACUCCCAUGAACUUCAUUUUUCUCUUCAUAUUCACUCUUGCGCAGAGCUUUUUACUCGGCGUUGCGACAAGUUCUUUUGAAAUCAAUGAGGUCUUCAUGGCGGUAGGAAUAACAGCUGCAGUAUGUUUGGGGCUAACCCUUUUCGCAUUCCAAACAAAAUGGGACUUCACUUUAAUUGGUGGAGGCCUAGUGGCUGCCAGUAUGGUGUUGCUAAUGUUUGGUCUCAUUGCGAUCUUUAUCCCAAGCAACAAUAUAGUACGGUUGGUGUACGCGUCACUUGGAGUACUAUUAUUCUCAUUAUAUCUGGUGUACGACACGCAGCUGAUGAUGGGCGGGAAACACAAAUACAGCAUCUCUCCCGAAGAGUACAUCUUCGCAGCUCUCAAUUUAUACUUGGAUAUUAUCAAUAUAUUCCUUCUUAUAUUGAUGAUAAUGAGAAGCUCUUAA